GUUAAGUAUAUAUUUUAAUAUCUUUAUCUAUUCUCUCAAGGCGUAGGGUUCCAAAAUUCGAUAAUUACUAGAUCCGAAGCCCUAAUUUAUUUUCUGUUUUUUUGGUUUGAUUUCUUCUAAUUAGGUCUAAUUUCGGUGAUUUUAGGGUUUUUUUUGACCCGAUUAGGGUUGACCUGGGAUUUCGUAAAAAAGUUAGGGUUUUAAGGGGUUUUGAUUGCGUUGAGGGUUUUUAGUUUGUAUUUGUUUAUUUUGGGUUUGAAAGGUUUCAAAUUGGCUGCAAUUGAGGAGUUUUGUUUAGGUUGGUUUAAUUUCUGUGAAAUCUUAGUUCUUUGAGGGCAUGGCAAAAGUGGGUGAGGAGGAUGUUGACUAUGAGAGUGAUCCCGAGGAGGAAAAGCGUCUUCUCGGAAUGAGAAGACGUGAAGCUGCGAGUGAUGACGAGGAAGAUGAAGUUGAAGAGGAGAACCAUGGACUGGAACGGAGAGGGCCUGUCCAUUCCGAGGAAUCGGAUGGAGAGGGUGGUGCUGCUGAUUAUGAUGAUGAAGACGACGAGGAGGAGUUAGUUGAUGAGGAGGUGUAUGAAGAGGAAUAUAAUGAAGAGGACGGGGUUUAUGAGGAUGAGGGACAUGGGGAAAUUGAUGGGAAUGGGAAUGAGGAGAGAGGAGGGGGAGGAAGAGAUGGUGCUGACCAGGUUAUGAAGAAGAUGGAUGAGUUUGGGGUAGAGGUGAAAGGAGUGGAGGAUGGUGCAGAGGAGGGGGUGGAGGAGGAUGGAGAAGGAAAAAAGGAGAAUGAACCGUUUGCGGUGCCUACUGCUGGGGCUUUCUACAUGCAUGAUGAUCGUUUUAGAGAGAAUGCACCAGGUCGACACAGGCGAACUUAUGGUGGGAGGAAGUUAUGGGAGUCCAAAGAUGAGAAGAAGUGGGGACAUGACAAGUUCGAGGAGAUGAAUUUGCAUGAAAGGCAUAAUGACCAGCGAAGGAGGGGUUCCAAAGGCAACUAUCAAGCUCGUGGUGGGAAAAUUCAGGGUUCGGAUCAAGGAAAUGCCAGAAGGAGCAAGUCCAAAGCAUUCAGCAAUGGAAACAAUCAGAACCAGGCACCAAUAGGGGUGAGAGGGAGAGGGCCUAGAAAGUAUGAGCCCAGAUGGAAGAGAAGUGGCCAGGCACCUCCUGUGCAAAACAACCAGCCUGAGAAGUCCUUUGAGAAAUCUUCUCAUAGAAGUUCAGAGAGGGUUUUAGCACCAGCUUCAAAUUCAGAAUUUGAUCAAGUAGCUCCAGCUGCUAGAAAAAAUUCAAGCCUAAGUUCUGCUUCUCCUCCUUUUUAUCCUUCUGGAUCAUCAAACAAAGAUGUCACUUUGACUCCAAAAAGGGAUGUGCAAGCUGGAAGUACAAGCAAGAAUCUUCACACUUCUACUAUAGAUGACAGUUUCUCUAUGCAGCAAGCUAGUGCAUCGAUGCGGGGAAAGAAUGUAGCUGAUUCUGUUGGUAUUGACAAGCUUUACAUUGAUGAUUCUGUUAAUUCAACUGCUGGAAAGCCCAUGAACAAUAUGAAAAUGCAGCUUUCUGGAUCUUCCCUUGUCAACACCAUGCAAUCCUCUCAGUCUAGAACUCAAGGUAGGGGUCUUGCUGUCUCAGGGUCAGGGACUUAUCAAUCUAACCCUCUUCAAAACAAAGUCAAUAGAGUUUCAUCUGCAGCACAGUCCCAUCAUGUUCAGCGGAAUCCUAAUCAAAGUCGUGUUCAAUCUUCUGUUCAAACUCCUAGUCAGCAGUUGAGCCAGCACUCUGGUAGUGGAUCUCAAGCUUCUUCGCCACCAAAAACAGCUUUGUCUAUACGAUCAUAUGAAGCUGAAGAUGCAGAGACUAACAUGGAAUCAAGUAAAUCUAGAGGUGCAUUGGUGGGAAAGGGAAAAGGCAAUAUUCUAGGUAGUGGAAGAGGGUCUUUUAUGUAUGGUGGGGCACAAGUUAUGGGAGCUACAGGAAAUAUUAAUGUUGGUCACGGUGAUCAAAACUUCCCUGGUACUCCAGCCUUCUUGCCAGUUAUGCAAUUUGGGGGCCAGCGUCCUGGUGGUAUGGGUGUUCCUGCUGUUGGCAUGGCAUUUCCUGGAUAUGUUGCUCAACAACAACUUGGUUUAGGAAAUUCAGAAAUGACAUGGCUACCGGUUUUGGCUGGCGCUGCGGGAGCUUUAGGGGCUACUUAUUGUUCACCAUAUAUAGUUGAUGGUUCGUAUCAUGCUCGUCCAUCUGGACAGACAUCUUCUGUGGGUUCUUCGAGCAAGGAGGAUAGUACUAACAAGUCCAAUAAUGAAUGGAAAUCUUCUCAGAGAACUGAGCCUGUGAAUGAUGAGUUCGGGCAGCGACAAAAGCCUCGCAGAUACUCAGAAAUGGAUUUUAAGCAGCCAAGUACUAGUACUUAGAUGAAAUGAAGCGUAUUGAACAAACAGAUAAAAGGCCCUUGAUCAGGCCCUUUGUGUUCUCCAGCUUAUGUUCUGGAGUGCUUUGGGCUGCUUUAUGUUCCAGGAUAUUUUAGUUAUACGUAACCAACACCUGCUCAUGCUGCAUUGAACUUGAGGAAACAUAGUUGUGGCUUGACGGGUGGUAUUUCUUUGUUUAAAUGUGCGGUUUUCUUGUUGCUUGGAUUUUUAAUGAAGCUUGAGAGAAAUAUGCAGGCUUCUCCAAAAAAACUAUAAUACUAAAAAAUGUCAAAAAGAACAAGAAGUAUUGAGCAGAAGCUGUUUGCCGGGUGACGUUGAGUUUUCGUAUUUAUGUUUAUGUUUAUGUUUAGAGUUUUUCUUCCAAACUUUGUGGUGUCAAGAGUAUGAGAUGAGAGUUUAGAGACAUGUAUUGUGCUUUUAUAGAGCUAUGGAAUGUGGCUAUGAUGAAUAUAAUAUAUUUUCACCUCUUUAUUUGAUAAUAAUUAGAGUUUGAUUGUGUAA